CACGUGACCGCGGGCGACAGGCUCGGCUGCAGUUAGGCCUUGCCCUGUUGCUUGUGCUGGCGGGCCAUCUAUCAGGCGACCAGCUACCUAAGCUAUCACGUCUUCCAUACUGCGAAGAGCGAUUAAAAAAGCUGCCACCGCACUCGCCUGAGCUUAACGAGCUAAGAGAUGCCUUCCAGCUUUGGACGCAAAACAAAAAGAUAGAGCAUGACAUGGGCAAUCUGCUGUCGCGGCUUAGUGUCCCGCCCACCAGCCCAGAAGAGGCCGGCGCCUGGCGUACCGCCUGGAACGCCAGCUACGUGGAGGGGCGGCGGGCGGCCGCGGUUGCGGCGAUGCACCAGGCGGCAGCCAACAUCACGGCGGUGGUGCGGCAGCUGCGGGAUGGCGGCCUCAUUGCGGCCACCACCAGCGUGCAGGACCUGGUCCACUGUGUGAGCGGCCACCUGCAGCCGCGGCUGUACCCGGACACGCCGCUGGUGUCCCUGGCGCUGCAGUAUUUCAGGCGGCCCAACGCCGUGCCCACCUACCUGCAGCUACUGCACGCAUGUCAGCGGCACAUGGCCAUCGAGCUGGUAGUCAACGUGGACAGCCCGCACGAGGGGCGGCUGUGGGCCAACGUCAGCGCUGCCACCGGCGGCGCAGUGGUGCCGGUGCUGUCAUACAAUGUGCACGAGCUGCGCUCGUACAACCGCAUGACGGGCAUGGCGCGCGGCAAGUACAUCGUACUGCUGCAGGAUGAUGACAAACUGAUGCCGGAGGACUGCUCCUGGCUGCCCAAGCUGGUGGCCCAGUUUGAGUCCAUGCCGGCGCUGGCCAUGGUCGGGAUGAACGGCUUCCAGCUCGGCCACGGCGAGGGCAACGACCGCGACUUCAACAACUGGCGCGACCCCAAAACCGGCAACACCAUGAUGUUUGCUUUCCAGGUGGACUUGGCGCCCAUCGCGUUCCGCCGCUCCGCCCUCAGAGCAGUGGGCGGCUUCGAUGAGGGCAUAUCGGACCCUGGGGAGUGCGGCAUCUGGUCGGACUGGGAGCUGACCAUCCGGAUGUGGGUUGCAGGCUGGCAUGUGGCCUUCAUGCCCCUGGUGUACAAGUCACGCGCCACGCCCAACGAGACGUCGGGCACUCACAAGCCCGAGACGGGUGUGCGGUGCUGGGGCCGGCAGCAGAACGUAGCGUCGGCCUGCUACAUGGGCCGCUGGGGCGCCGGAUUCGGUGCCAGCGGCGCGGGGCGCUUCUUGGAAAAGCUGGAAAACCACGUCAGGUUGACCAACUUGAGGUUGUUGCAGGGAGCCUAUCCCGCCGGCACCUGCCCCUUCCGCAAGGGCUGCGGCCUGGACGGUGAUCCGCCCCUGCCCGCCCAGUACAACUACAGCUACGCCGCAAUCCCACAUGCCAUGGUGGUCGCGUGAGGCCACGGAGGGCUGGAGGUGGUGCCGGUGGAGCGCCGGCAAGCGCUGCUGCGCCUCAGCUGAUGCUGAUGAUGUCAAGGGGGCGGGAGGAGAAAGAGUGCAUCCGGGCUGUGCUAGAUGUGGGAUAUGGAGACACCCCAGCGUGGUCGCGGCCAGACGGGGCGCGUUCGUUGUGUGCAGGCGCGCUGGGACCCACGGGGGCUGACGAAGCUUUAGCUGGAGAGGUGGACUGCCUAAUGUGCAUGCAGACCACUAGUCCUCUACACCGGCAGAAUCAGCAGUGUUGGGAAGCUUGCGCAAUGAACGGGAUAGAACUGCAUUCAUGCAUUGGCUUUGAAUCAAGAGCUGGUCUGUUUGGAAGCGACCUGUGCUGGUGACCACUGCACACAUUCUUGAGCACAUGAGCACUCAUGCAAGUAUUAUUUUCAGGCCUCAUAGAAAUUUUUAGGGACAGACGCGUUGUCCUGGCUGUAACGUUCAGACACG